AGUAAGCUUCCCAAAGAAAGAAAAUGGAGCCUGGUGAGGAAAUUUAUGCAGAAUGGAGUUCCCUUAGUGGAUCAUACACAGCUGAGGAAGCUGAUUUCAUGAACCAAUUUCUUAGCAACUGCUCACACACACAACAGCUACAUGCAAAUUUGAAUGCAGGAAUUCCAUCUGCAUUAUGGUAUGGUCAUGCAGACAUCAAUAGCAGUUCAUUUUAUGCUGCAGAUGCUUCUAACAAUAUGUUUCCAAUUAUAGAUAGUGACAACUUGAAUGAUCCAUUAACCAACUUGGUGGAUCCCUCAUUAAGCACAUAUACUGAUAAAGAGUUAGGUGUAGAUGUUAUUGCUGAUAAGAAUGUACCAAGUCAACCUGUUUCUGAACCAGCCCAAGAGAAUAUAACCAGCAAGCUGGAGAAGCCAAGAAAAAGAUCUCGGAGUUCAAAUGAGAUACUAAAGAACAAGAAAAAUGUUAAGACUACAAAGAAACCAAAAUCUGCUUCCAUUAGCAACAUUAAAGAAGAAGAUAGAUGUCCUGGUCAGGGGGAAAACUUGAGCUGUUCCUGCUCAGAAGAUGACUUGGAUACGUGUCAUGAGCUAAAUGAAGGAGAGUCUUCGAGCUUGAGCCUGAAAUAUUCUAAAGGUCUUCAGUUAAAUGGCAAAUCUAGAUCUAGUAGAGGUUCUGCUACUGAUCCACAGAGCAUCUAUGCAAGAAGAAGAAGAGAAAGAAUAAAUGAAAGGUUGAGAAUCUUACAAAACUUAGUGCCUAAUGGAACCAAGGUGGAUAUCAGCACAAUGCUCGAGGAGGCUGUCCAAUAUGUGAAAUUUUUACAGCUCCAAAUUAAGCUCUUGAGCUCUGAUGAUCUCUGGAUGUACGCUCCAAUUGCUUACAAUGGAAUGAACAUUGGACUAGACUUCAAUAUUACCACACCGAAACAAAACAAUAAUAGCAGAUAUAUAGCAUAGCAAUAAAAAAUGACAUUUGUAAUGUUCCCU